AUGUUCGGACACAGACGGUUCGACGCUGGGGUCUUGAUUGAGCCCAAACCUGCCUUCCGUUUCGACCCUGCUGGCGAAAAGAAGCUGGCAGAAUUCCGGAAUGAUGUUUGGCCCACCAUCGAGCGAAUGAAUGAAAUUGCACCUCAACAUUCGCGACUUUUCAAAGAAGUGAUUCUAGUCGGGUCACCUUCGAAGCCUUUUACAUACACAGCGAAGAACACAGCGAGGCAUCAAGCUAUCCUUCGCGAUUACGAUCAGGAGAUCGUCAGUGAUAGGACACAGUCCGAAAACUCACCUCUGACAUCCUGGAACCUGGGGUCCACAACGUCUUUCGUGCGUGCAGUCAUCGCCAGUGUUUUGACUCGCACGGUGCAGGAUGAAGAUGAUCUAUUCCAGCAUGGGUGUGAUAGCAGCAUGGAUCCAUAA